ACAGAAGUUGAGAUUUUUCCUGGAGACAGGAAGCUGACGCGAUCUAAAUUGCUUAAACCAUUUACAGUGUUUAUGUCUGGAGGGUUUUUGGUUUUGAUUUGCUUAUUCUUGGCCUAAAUGUCGCGGUAAAACUUCUGAAGGAUGAAAACUAGAGGUUCACCACCAGCUCCGCCACCGAUUCACGUCCACGUAGCGGAUAGCACACCUAUCCAUGUUCAUAUGAGGAGGAAUCCCAGCAGAACAUCACCGGGAACUGAUGCUUCGGUCAAACGCGAUGAAAGCAGGCCAAAGAUCCGGACGCCCUGGAUUCCUCCAGGAAUACACUCGUGCAAGAGGAAUAUUGGCAUCACCAAGUCUCAGACCAGCAGAUCGCAGAUCCAGUCAGACAGUGGGAUCAGGAAUCAGCGAGUUGCAGGGCAGCAGGAGGAAGAGCUGCAUGCAGUUUCUGAAGACCUCAGAGUCCUGCUGAGGGAACAAGGCGCUUCAAAGACGUCGGAGGCUUGCGAUCGUCAAAUAAAUGCAGAUGUGCUCCUCAGGACACUUGUAGAGGCAGAAAUCGAUGGUGUAGCUGUGGCUAAUCAGCUGACAGGUUUGAAGGAAACCAUUGACAGACUUGCUAAGGAAAAGAGGCUGACGAAGCUUCACACAACUUCUCUGGGAUGGCAUCAGAAGCUGCUGCUGGAGAAAAUAGCGAUGUUUGAUCAAACAAAUCACAGCCUUCGGGAUCUCCUCAGGGACUGGAGCGUCAAGGAGAAACAGUUGCUGGUCUGGCCGAAAGAGAGAGACACCUUGAGAAAGAAGCUGGCUGACACUGAAACAGAAAACAUGAGACUUGCUGCUAAACUCUCAAACAAGGAGAAACAAGUUUCAAAGCUCGCCGAGCAUCUGGACUUUGAAAAGGACAACUUUAAGACGACAGAAGAGCUUUCAAGGAUCCUGGACUCAACCCACAGUCACCUGGUGAACCAGCUGGAGGAAUCCGAGGCGGAAAAGGUCCGCCUGGCCGCUCAGAUCCAGAAGAUGCAGCAGAGUCAGGAGCGUCAGAUGGAGCAGCUCAGAGAACUCCAAGACGAGCUGGAGAUUCUGAAGAUGAAGAAGGCGGAGGUUGACAAGCAGCGGAAAGAAGAGCGGGAGUCGCUCAGUAUGAUCACGCUGCACGCCGACCGCGCUCAGGAGGCAGUGAGGCAGCUGGAAAAGAAACUACAGGAGAAGGAGAUGGAGCUGUCUCUCGCUGUGUCCGCGUCCAAAGACUGGUGUCACCGCCACUCGAUAGAAGCAGCUGAGAAACGGCACCGGGAGGAAGAGAUCUCGCUUGUCAAACAGAAGCUCAGCGAUCUGAACUCCCGGCUUCGCUCAGUGGAGGAGAAGAAUCGGGCCGAGAGAGAGGAGCUCAGGAAUCAGCUUCAGCACCUCAACGCAGAGAACGCCUCCACCAUGCUGGAGAACCAAACGCUCAGGAGAGAGCUGGCGUCGACUGACGAUAAAUUAAAGGGACUCCAAUCUGAGGCUCGUGAGCUGAAAUCAUCAGUGAAAAAGUCUGAGAACCUGGUGGAGAAAUACAAGCAGAAGGUUCACCAGGCUCGCCUGCAGUCAGAGGAGUACUGUCAGAAGCUGGAGACGACACAGAGGGAGGCCUGGGAGCAGAGGGUGAGCCUGGAGAAGGAGAAGGAUCAGGUGAAACGGGAGCUGCUGGACCGGGUGCAGGAGCUCGAGGUGCUGCCGGAGAAACUGAGGCGGACCGAGCAGCAGCUCCGAGAAGCUCAGGACGACGCCGACAAAUACGAGAGGAGGAACCUGGAGCACCACGCUGUCCUGUCCGAAGUCAGACACAAGGUGGAGCACCAAGGUGCUCAGCUGGAAACGGUUCAGCAGAGGAAUCUGCUGCUCCAGGAGGAAAACAACGUCCUGAAGGAGAAAAUUAAAAACCUAGAGAGGAAGCUGGAGGAUAUGAAUGCAGAAAACAGAGAGAUGUCUCAGGCUGUCAGCAUGAAGGAAGGAGGCAUCCGCAGCCUGCAGCAGCAGCUGGAGGAGAAAACACACGAGUGCUCCGUCGUGUCCCAGCAGCUGCAGGAAACGCUGGGAAACACUCAAAGACAGGUGGACGACAGCAUACAGCGACUUCUGGCCAAAGAGAAAGCGUCACAGUCCAGAUCAUUGGAGCUGCAGAACCAGCUGAGUCGGGCCAAAUUGGAGCUGAAUCAGCUGCAGCGCAGCAAGGAGGACAUGGAGCGUCGCUUCCAUUCUCAGCUUCAGAACUUGAGGGAGCGACUGGACCAGUCGGACUCCACAAACCGCAGUUUGCAGAGCUACGUUCAGUUCCUGAGAAACUCGUAUGGAAAUGUCUACGGAGACUGCCUGCUGAGCACCACUAAUACGCUCCCGGAGCAAUAGAGCACAAAUGAAUUCACAUUUAUUGUGACAUUGCUCAAAUGUUUUCAAAAUGCGAAGGUCUGAACAUUACUUGUUGUCCUCAGACAUAAAAUUGUCUUAAAGAAGU